AUGUGCAUCCGCGUAACGCUAACAAGCCCUCGGCGCGUUCUUAUUCCUCCCCUUCGCGUCGCCCUCGCUGGCGCGCUCGGCCGGCCCUUCGCCCUCGUUAUCUUUCCUCCCUCCCCGUCGCCUUCACUAUCUCUCCCUUUCCCGUCGCUCUCGCUAUCUCCCGUCCCUCCCUGUCGCGCUCGCUCUCCCCUCCCCUUCCCGUCGCGCACGCCAUCUCUCCUCCCCUUCCCGUUGCGCACGCUACCUCUCCUCCCCUUCCAGUCGCGCAUGCCAUCUCUCCUCCCCUUUCCGUCGCCCACGCCAUCUCUCCUCACCUUCCCGCCGCGCACGCCAUCUCUCCUCCCCUUCCCGUCGCGCACGCCAUCUCUCCUCCUCAUCGCGCCGCCCAUGCCAACUCUCCUCCCCUUCCCGCCACCCACGCCAUCUCUCCUCCCCUUUCCGUCGCCCACGCCAUCUCUCCUCCCCUUCCCGCCACCCACGCCAUCUCUCCUCCCCUUCCCGUCGCGCACGCCAUCUCUCCUCCCCUUCCCGUCGCGCACGCCAUCUCUCCUCCUCAUCGCGCCGCCCACGCCAUCUCUCCUCCCCUUCCCGCCGCCCACGCCAUCUCUCCUCCCCUCUCCGUCGCCCGCGCCAUCUCUCCUCCCCUUUCCGUCGCCCACGCCAUCUCUUCUCCCCUUCCCGUCGCGCGCGCCAUCUCUCGUCCCCUUCACUUCGCGCACGCCGUCUCUCCUCCCCUUCUCCGUCGCCUUCACGAUAUCCUCCCGUCCCUGUCGCCCUCGUUGUCUCCCGGCCCUCCUUGUCGCACUCGCUAUCUCCCCUCCCUCCACGUUGCAGUCAUUACCCCCCCUCCCUCCUCAUCACGCUCGUUAUCUUCCCUCCCUCCCCAUCACUCUCGUAAUCUCCCCUCCCCCCCCGUCGCUCUCGUUAUCUCCCAUCCCUCCCCAUCGCGCUCGUUAUCCCCCCUCCCUCCCCAUCGCGCUCGUUACCCCCCCUCCCUCCCCGUUAAGCUUCUUAUCUCCCCUCCCUCCUCAUCGCGCUCGUUAUCUCCCCUCCCUCCCUGUGGCCCUCACUUUCACCCCUUUCCUUCCCGUCGCGCUCGCUAUUGUCAGAAUAGCUAGCAGGAAUGGAUGA